AUGCCCGCGCCGGCGGCGCUAGCCCUCGCGGCGGCCCUGCUGCUCGCCGCCGCGUCCAUCUGCGCGGAGGCCGUGUGGCUCGACAUGCCGCAGACCGGGACCAAGUGCGUGUCGGAGGAGAUCCAGGCCAACGUGGUGGUGCUCGCCGACUACGCCCUCAUGUACGAGUCCCACCCCUCCGCCCACCCCACCAUCGCCGUCAAGGUUACUUCACCAUAUGGGUACACCUUACAUGAAAGUGGAAACAUUACAGUUGGUCAAUUUGCAUUCACAACCUCGGAAGCUGGAAACUUCCUUGCCUGCUUCUGGAUAGAUAGUGCAGAGAAAGGAUCAGGCGUAUCUGUAAAUCUUGAUUGGAAGACCGGAAUUGCAACAAAGGAUUGGGAUGCUAUCGCUAAGAAGGAAAAAAUAGAGGGCGUAGAACUAGAGCUUAGGAAGCUUGAAGUGGCUGUACAGUCGAUUCAUCAGAACAUGGUAUACCUCAAAGCAAGGGAAGCGGAGAUGAGGGAGGUGAGCGAGAAAACAAACGGCAGGGUUGCUUGGUUCAGCAUCAUGUCGCUGGGCGUCUGCGUCGUGGUGUCGGUUUUGCAGUUGUGGCACCUUCAAGGGUACUUCAGGAAAAAGAAGCUCAUCUAG